AUGGCUCAUUCUACCUUCGUUCCAUCUGAACGUUUUUUGGACGCCACUUCAGAACCACAACGACGUCUUUCACCUAUACAAGGUUAUGAACUGAAAUCACUUGUCUCGCUCAAAGAAGCUGUACGACCGUUUGAACCUUUAAUUCCUAAUAUUCAAGGAUUCGUUUGGACAGCAACUGGCAACUGCGAACGACCGAAAGAUGGUCUGACACCUGAUGAAUCUGCUGCCGUCUAUCUAUACACGAUGGAGUGUCUGUACCGUCAACUGAACACUGCUUUACGAAGUGAAGAUCGACAACAACUCGUACCGUACUUUUCGUAUCUAAAAUUAUUUUUCACUGCCUUGUGGAAAUUGAAAGAUAUUCAAGGUCUCGUAUUUAGAGGUGUAAAGGCAAAUAUUAGCGAUGAUUAUCCAAAGGGCAAGAAAUUUCCAUGGUGGGGACUUUCGUCGACGACAACAUCUUUAGAUGUUUUACAGAAAGAUACAUUUCUUGGAGAGAGUGGUCCACGAACUCUAUUUAAUAUUCAAUGUUUCAACGGGAAAAUGAUUCAAAACCAUUCACAUUUUAUUUCGGAAAGCGAAGUACUUUUGUUACCGUGCAGUUACUUUGAAGUUAUGGGUAAUAUGAAGCAGGGUGCAGAUUUACGUAUUAUCCAUUUAAAACAAAUUGAACCGCCUGUUGUCUUAAUUCAACCUCCAUUUCCUUCGAUUAUGCAUCACAAAGAGUCUACUUCAAAACCAGUUCAAACAAAAAAAAAUAAAUUUCAACAAUUUGGAAUUACUGUUGCUGGAGGAAAUGGAAAAGGCAACCAAUUAAAUCAAUUAAAUCAACUCGAUUAUUCUCAUGGAAUCUUUAUUGAUGAUGAUAAAUCAAUUUAUAUUGCUGAUACUGAAAAUCAUCGUAUUGUUAAAUGGAAAUUGAAUUCAAAUGAAGGUCAAAUCAUUGUAGGUGGAAAUAAAAAUGAUCGAUUGGCUUUUCCAUCAAAUAUAAUUUUUGAUAAAGAAAAUAAUUCUUUUAUUAUUUCUGAUAAAACAUAUACAUUUAUUAAGGCAUUUGCUUCGGUGACCUAUCAAAUAACUCGAUAUUUUGGUGAAAAUCUAACAAAUAAACAAAUUAUUAUUUCAAAUAUUGCUUGUUCUGGUGUCGCAAUCGAUAAAAAUGGAUCUAUUUAUGUUUCUGAUUUCGUGAAUAAUGAAGUAAGACGAUGGAAACAAGGAGAUACAAAAGGUGAAUUAGUUGCAGGUGGAAAUGGUGACGGAAAUCACCUUAAUCAACUUGAUGGUUCUUCUUAUAUCUUUGUUGAUAAAGAUUGUUCUCUUUAUAUAUCAGAUGUGCAUAAUCAUCGUGUAAUGAAAUGGAAAAAAGAUGCAAAAGAAGGAAUUAUUGUUGCUGGUGGAAAUGGUCGUGGAGGAAGUCUCAAACAAUUGUAUUAUCCCCGAGGAGUGAUUGUUGAUCAUUUGGGUCAAAUCUAUGUGGCAGAUGAAGGGAAUCAUCGAGUAAUGCGUUGGUGUGAUGGAGAUGCAGAAGGUGAAGUUGUGGUUGGUGGAAAUGGUGAUGGAAAUGAAUCAAACCAAUUGAAUGAUCCCACAGUUUUAUCAUUUGAUAAUGAAGAAAACCUUUAUGUUGUUGAUAAAAGAAAUCAUCGAAUCCAAAAAUUUCAAAAACUUAUGAAUGUAUAA